AUGCGUCUGGUGAGGCGGCGCACGUCAAUGCGUCCGGGGAAGCGGCGCACGGUAACGGCGGCAGCGCAUCACGCGGUUCUCUCCUCGGAAUACCAUUGGACCUUCCUUCCCUUGCGUCGCAGGCGCAUUUCGAAAGUUAUCCUGUUCCCGUGUGACACCGCCAAGCGCCCGUUUCCCCUUCCCCCUUCUCCCCUUUUCCCCUGGUCUUUACCUUACUGGUGCACGUGUUCAGCGAGACGGCGGACGGCAACGCGUGGGGGUACGGCAGCUGCAUCACGCGCUGAUUGCGCCUCAUCAUGCCUUUCCCAUAACAUUUCCCUCUUUCCCCUUCCCCUUUCCGGCCGCUGCCCGCAGGUGUUCACUGGGCUGGUGGACGUGUUCGGCGAGACGGCGGACGGCAACGCGUGGGGGUACGGCAGCUGCAUCACGCGGGAGAGCUUCCAGGCGUACGUGAACGAGACGAGCUACGCGCGCCCCUGGGUCUCCGCCAUCAGCUGGAUUGUCUUCGUCACGCACGCCCAGCGAGCCGAAUUCGAGUCUAAGUUCGGCGUGACGAUCAAAAGUGAGAGCACGAGGCAGCCGUCGCCCCCGCGCGACUGGUACGCUGUGUUCCUGUAUAUCUCCCGCAGGCCGCUCACCAACAACAGCGACUGCUGCUACGAUGGGCGGCAGUACAGCCGUUUCAAGGAGGCCAUAGAGCAUGGCGUCAAGACGCACAACACCACCAUCACGCCCACCUUCGCUCUGGCUGCCAACGGCAACCGCGGCCUCGCCGAAUUUGAGUCCAAGUUCGGCGUGACGAUCAAGAGCCAGAGCACGAAGGAGCCGUCGCCCCCACGCGACUGGUAUGCUGUGUUUCUCUACAUCUCGGAGGGCUCGCGGACCAACAACAGCGACUGCUGCUACGACGGGCGGCAGUACAAUCGGUACAAGGAGGCCAUAGAGCAUGGCAUCAAGACACACAACAUCACCAUCACUCCCACCUUCUCGCUCCUCGCCAAUGGCAACCGCGGCCUCGGCCUGGGCUUCCCAGUGCUGAAGAACACAACAGACGGCGGGCAGGAGAUGAAGGGCAUGAUCGGCGCGGUGAUUGACAUGCAGGCACUCAUCGACUUCCUUCUCAAGAAGCUGCUCUCUGCCUCCGCGCCCUUCAAGCUGCAGCUGUACGACGUGACGAACCGCACUGCACCCAUCCCGAUGUACGACAGCGAGCGCACGGACGGCUACACCACGCUGCCCGACCAGACGGUGGCGCCCGCCUCAGACGAGCUGCUGCAGCCAACCAGGUUCCGCCACGUGGAGCCCAUUGACCUCCGGGACCCGUCUCGGCAGUACGAGCUCUGGUGCCGGUACACGGAGAGUGACACGGUGGCGUGGGGGUGGAGCUCGCUCUCCUGGGGAGUGCUGCUGCUCGUCGUCUUCAUCCUCGUCUUCUACAUCCUCCUCACCAUGGGCCGCCAGAACGCCGCCAUGCGCCGCAACUACCGCCGCAUGGAGGCCCUUAAAGCCCGUGCAGAGGCGGCUGACAGGGCCAAGAGCAACUUUUUGGCGACGGUCUCACACGAGAUCCGCACCCCCAUGAAUGGCGUUCUGGGCAUGCUGGAUUUCCUGCUGGAUUCGAAGCUGGACGCGCAGCAGCAGGAGCACGCGCGCAUGGCCAAGGCGUGUGGGCAGACGCUGGUGUCGCUGCUCAACGACGUGCUCGACCUCGCCAAGGUCGAGGCCGACCGCCUCGAGCUCGAACACCUCCCCUUCAACCUCCGCUCCUCUGUCGACGACAUUCUCGAUAUCUUCCGCACCAAGUCGCAGGACCUUGGGCUCGAGCUGGCAGCACUGGUGGAUCCGAACGUGCCGGAGGUGGUGGUGGGGGAUCGCAUUCGGCUGCGCCAGGUGGUGGUGAACCUCAUCGGCAACAGCAUCAAGUUCACCCAGCGCGGCCACAUCUUCGUGCACAUCUCCGCGCCCUUCGCCGCCAUGCCCGUCCCCUCCUCCCUCCCCUCGCCCCUCACCCUCCGCUCGCGCUUCAACACUCUCGCCGCCUCCGCCCCGCCCGCCUCCCUCGCGCUGGCCAAUCGCAAGCUGACAGCUGGCGACGGCUGGGGGCUGCACUCCGCGGAGGUCCAGCUGGCGUGCUCGCCGCUGCGUCAGACCGGGCCGAUUUCGGCCUCGCUCGCCGUGAUUGGCCGGAGCAUCUCGCGCGGUUACCAGACGCUGUCCGGCCGCCCGACCUCGCUAGUGUGCGGGCCGGGGGGGGCGGCAGGGGUGGGUAUGGGGCAGCCUAGCUGCGGAACAGGCGACCUGGUGGGGUGCUUCCCUGCUCUGCUUCAGCCGGGGUAUUCUCAAAUGGAGGAUGGGGUGUCUGUGGGGAUUCAGGACGGGGGGAUGGAGGAGAUGGAGGGCGGGGGGAAGGGCGGGGAGGAGGAGAUAAUGGUGGGGGAGGGGGAGGGCGCGGAGGGGGAGAAGGAGAGGGAGAAGAGGGAGGAUACGAUCACGCUGCUCAUCACGUGCGAGGAUACUGGGGCAGGUAUUCCGCUGUCGUCUCAGUCCAAGAUCUUCCAGCCCUUCACGCAGGCGGAGAGCAGCACGGCGCGCACGCACGGAGGCACGGGCAUCGGACUGACCAUCUCGAAGCGCCUCGUGAAGCUGAUGGGGGGCGACAUGACGUUUGUGAGCGAGCCAGGCGUGGGCACCACCUUUGUGCUCACUGUCAACCUCGGCCUCAUGCCGCCACGCAUCCCCCGCUCCGUCCCCACCUCGCUGCCCCCGGACCUCCUCCCGAUGCUGGACGACGACCCCGAUGCUGCUGCCAUGAUUGAGAAAUUCCUCAACCGAGCCGUGCUAGUGGUCGACGGGCUGCAGGUUCGGCAGCGGGUGGCGAGCAGCGUCUUAUCCCGCCUCGGGAUUACCCCGAUUCCGGCCACUGACGCGGCGUCGGUGCCUGCGAUUGCCACACGGGGGUUCCUACGCGGCCCGCCGCUGCCUGGGUCGGCGACGUUUGAGGAUGACAUUCGGCCGUGGGAUGCCAUCUUUGUGGAUAAGGACGCGUUUGGCCCCAAAACGGGGUUUCAGGUUGCAAAGGCGAUACGAGAGGCGUUUGCUGUGGCAGAGAAGGGGGCAGGGGAGAGGGGCGUGGGGGAGAUGAUUCAGGAGGAGGGUGGGGAGACAGGAGCAGGUGCUGCUGCCAAUGGUACCAGUGGUGGUGGUGCUGGUGUGGGGGGCAGCAAGGGGCGCAAGCAACCGCCGCUGAUUCUGGUGGCGUGUCGGUUGGAGGCGGAUGAGAAGGGCGAGGUGGAGGCGUGCGGCUUUGAGGAGCGCCUGCUCAAGCCGCUGCGCAAGUCCAUCGUUGCAGCGUGUCUCGUGCAGGUGUUGGGCAUAAUGACCACGAGUCGCAGCAGCAACACGCAGAAGCAGCAGCGCCGCAAGGCCAUGCACGCGCUCAUUGGCGGUCGCCGCAUUCUCGUGGUGGAUGACAACGUGGUGAAUCAGAAGGUGGCAACGCGCAUGCUGCAGCGCUAUGGGGUGCUGUGUGAGGCGGUGGACAGCGGCAUGGCGGCGCUGCAGGCCGUGCAGGAUGCGGAGGGGAGAGGGCAGCCGUUCGAUGCCAUCUUCAUGGACGUGCAGAUGCCCGGCAUGGACGGCUAUGAGACAACACGCUCGAUCCGGCGGAGGGAGAGGGAGAGCGGGGCGGCAGCGAUCCCCAUCCUGGCCAUGACAGCUGACGUCAUCAGUGGCAGCCGCACGCGCUGUGAGGAGGCGGGCAUGGAUGGGUUCGUGCCGAAACCGAUUGACGAGGAGCAGCUGCACGCCACUCUCUGGAACUGCUUCGGCCGGGCUUAG